GUCAGAGUGGGGUUUUGUGAGCAGAGCCAUAAACCCCGACGUCGCCGCCGAUGAUGUUCCGAUGGCACCCUCGAUCGACGCUGCUCCGCCGCAAUAUCACCGCGAAACUCCUUCUUCCUCUGUCCUCCCACACUCGUCAAGUUAGUCCAUGCGAGGUCUCAGCUCCUCCACUUCACGCCCCCUUCUCCACUCGCAUUGUCGGCGAUGAGCCUAUCCUCGUUCGUGAUUUCAUACGUUCGGCGUUGUACAACCCAAAGCAUGGCUACUUCUCUCUGCGGUCGGGCUCCGUCGGUGUGCUGGAGAGGAGCAUUAAGUUCAAUGAGCUUGAAGGUACUUGUUGAUUCUUGGUUGCUCUGGAGAUCGUUCUGUUCCUUGUGCAAUGCAUUGUGUGCAAGGAAGGAUUACAUGGAGCAUUUGGAUAAAAUCUAUAGGCAAAGUGAUAUUUCGUGGUUUACUCCUGUGGAGCUCUUCAAGCCAUGGUACGCCCAUGGCAUCGCCGAAGCCAUAUUGCGCACUGCUAACCUUUCGGUUCCUCUGAAAAUAUAUGAAAUUGGAGGUGGAUCAGGAACUUGUGCAAAGGGCAUCAUGGAUUACAUAAAAUUAAAUGCACCAGAAAGGGUUUACAACAGUAUGACUUAUAUCUCUGUUGAAAUUAGUCCCUCCCUGGCAAAGAUACAGAGGGAAACUGUUGGAGUCGUCCUCAGCCACUCUUCAAAAUUUAAGGUGGAAUGCCGUGAUGCCACAGACCGAAGUGGAUGGGGUAAAGAGACCGUCAAGAACAACCUUGUUGGGUUAUUAUGCUUGAGGUGCUUGAUAAUCUUCCGCAUGAUCUUAUCUAUGCAGAAAAUCAAAUUUCUCCAUGGAUGGAAGUGUGGGUCGACAAACAAAAUGACAGGUUGGAGAAUCGCAAGUAACAUGGAAACCCUGUCUGAAUUGUAUAAGCCAUUAGAGGAUCCCCUGAUCAAGAAUUGUCUUGAGAUCGUGAAUUUGUCCAAAAAACAAGCUUCUCCUAGUGGUGUAAGAUUAAUGACAGAUACUUUGUGGUCCAAAGUCUUUCCCAGACCCCGAAGAUGUUGGCUGCCGACGGGUUGCUUGAAACUACUUGAGGUUGUACACAAGGCUCUACCGAAAAUGUCUUUGAUUGUUUCAGACUUUAAUUACUUACCUGAUGUAAGGAUACCUGGUGAAAGAGCUCCUCUUGUAUCAACAAAGAAGGAUGGGAGGAGCUCAGAUUAUGAUAGCUAUUUGGAGGCAAAGGGUGAUGCUGAUAUAUUCUUCCCUACUGACUUUGGGCUUUUGGAACGGAUUGACCAUUUUUGUUCAGGGUGGCUGAAACUUCAUGAAGGUGCGUCCUCCAAACAAGGAAGAAAGAGGAGAACAAUUAUGCUCGAUACUUCUUCAUUCAUGGAGGAAUUCGGCUUACCUUCAAGGACACGAACCAAGGAUGGAUACAACCCUCUUUUAGAUGACUUUAAAAACACAAAAUUCUAUCUUAGUGUUCCUACUCACAACAUUAAGUGAGAAAUCUCAUGCUCAAGUUUGCAAGAACAUCGCUGCCUCUUUUGAUGGAGGAAGAGAUUGAUUCGGGUUUCCUCAAGAAAAUACAGCAUCCUUCAAAGCAGAUAAAAGGUCUCUCAAUCUUGAUUUCCAGAGCAUUGUAAACUUGCUGAAGUGCUGAGAUCAUAACCGAUACAUGUUUUGCGUCGCAUCUCACAUGCAGAACCUAGUUGUGCGAUUCAGUAAAACAUCAGCAGCUAUUUUAAACUUAUUAUUUGUUUAAUUUGUAAUAGGACAUUUACGAUGGUCAGGGUUCAAUGCUGUGCUCAAUAGAGAGAGCACAAAAUGUCGGCCACUAUUGAUUCUCAAAGAUUCAGCUGUCCUCAAUAGAUAGAUUAUACCUGCUAUUUUUCAA